AUGACAGGCCAGAUAGGUGCAACCGUGGCGUAUGCGAGGAGUAUCAACCCGCCAAGACGAGCGAAGCGUCCACGUACGGAAUCCAUCGGCAACGCCGAGUCUAUGCUUGAUAGCUCGACAGCCCCUCCUAAACCCUCAGCACAUCGCUCUCGUCCUCCCAUUUUGCCGAAGGACUGCCCCACCGAGGCCGACGCAGAAGUACCCGACACUCCGGACUCCGAGGAGGAUGAGGAGGACGAAUAUGACCCCUCCAUGGCUGCGCCCAAACGCCGUGGUCGCAAACCAGGCCCGCUCUCGCGCUCUGCCCGCGAGUCCCUGCGCAAGCUGAAUCACUCCCGUAUCGAGAAAGCCCGGCGUACCAAGAUUAACGAGACGUUGGCAACGCUCAGUGCUCUUGUCAGUGAGGCCGAGGCCAGAAGGGAAUCCCUGAAGCGUGCAGGCCAUGCUGGGGAAAAUAUCGAGUCAUCGUAUUCACCUGCAGAGCCUGUGAGCGGUACCGCGAAGUGCGGAAGGGUGAAAGCCGAAGAGAAGGAAUUCAAACUGGACGUUCUCGUUAAGACAGUCGCAUAUAUGCAGGAGCUUAUUGAGAAGGUGAAGACUCUAGAGGCGGGGGGCUGCGCUAAUUGCUCUCGUGAUGGAGCUGUUACCUCGUCUGGAGAGAAGGGGUCGAAGAGGAAGCGUGCUGAUGACGUCGAUAGCAGUAUGGUCAUUGACGUGGACGCUAUUAGGUCUUCCGUGGAGUCGGAUGAGUCCUAUGCGAAGGACAACGGGAAGGCCGAAGACGGAGACCCCACUACCGCAGCCCAACCAUACAUGCCUCACCGCCUCCCAUCCAUCGCCUCGUGGCUCCCCCACCCGCAUUUCGACCCCAGCUCCAUUGUUGCAAUGUCUGAGUGUCGCGCAAACACCCAGCUUCCUUCCCCACCUCCAUCGGGUCAUUUUCGCCCUGCAGCCUCGCUUGCGAACGUGCCAGUUCUGACGUUGCCAGCUCCUGUGGACCGCGCUGUCGUUUCCUCGACGGCCGUCGCUCGCCGCUCUCCAUUGGCUCUGUAUCAAGCUCCCGCAGAGUUUCAGAAGGCCCGUCAUACUAUGGCCAACAGUUCUGUCACGUCGCGCCGCGCUUCCAUAGACAUCCUGACGCGCGCGUCUGGCUCGUCGUCCGGCUCGCCGACCUGGACGCCCGAGGAUGAGUCUGCCGCGUCGCUCCUCCUCCAGAUGAGUUCGUCCCCCAGCUCCACGACAUCUACGUCCUCCGCCGCGAUCUCGUCGCUCAGCCUCCCGAAAGCAGCUGACCUUUCCCCACGUGGUGGGUAUACUUGGCGGAUCCCACUUAAAGAGUCUUACCGCGCGCCGUCGUCUCUCGAGCCUGAAACACCGAGCUCGUUACUCGGCUUGGAGAGGGGCUGA